GCCCAGGGAUGAGUGCUGCAGGCCACCCGCCCACCCGCUUCCACCGAAUCCACGGGGUCAACGUCUGCAUCGACCCUUCGGGCACCCAGGCCACCCGCGUGGAGAGCUUCGCCAAUGGCGUCUGCUUCAGCCGGGAGCCCCUGGCGCCUGGGCAGAUCUUCCUGGUGGAGAUCGAGGAGAAGGAGCUGGGCUGGUGCGGCCACUUGCGGGUGGGGCUGACCGCCCAUGACCCUCGCAGCCUGGAGAUCGUGCCGGAGUACUCCCUGCCAGACCUGGUCAACCUGGGCGACAGCUGGGUGUUCGCCAUCACCCGCAACCACAACCGGGUCACCCUGGACGCUGCCGGGGAAGAGGCCGCCUCCGGCCGGGUGAGGAGCUUCCUCUCUGACCCCUACUUGCUCAUUGAGAAGGUCAGGAUCCCUCGGGACAAGCUGGUGGGCCGCAGCAGGCCAGGCCGCUACAGCCACCUCCUGGAUGAUCUGUACAGGACCAACGUGCUCCCUGCCACCGCCCGGAGGAGCAGGAUCGGAGUGCUGUACGCCCUGCAGCCGGACGGGACAGCUGACAUGCACAUUGUCAUCAACGGCGAGGACAUGGGUCCCAGCGCCAGGGGCCUCCCGGGCUCCCGGCCCCUUUACGCCGUGGUCGACAUCUUUGCUUCCACCAAGAGCGUCCGCGUCAUCCAGGUGGAAUACGGAUUCCCCUCCCUGCAGACCCUCUGCCGGCUGGCCAUCCAGAAGCACAUUGCCCACCGGCUAGACAUCGAUGGGCUCGACCUCCCUCCAUUGCUGAAGAACUUCUGCAAGUACGAGUGAAGUGACCAAGGCUUCUUCUUCCUCGCCUGCACCAGUCGCCCACCCAAGGGACUUGACGGAGAGUCUGCAAGAACAAGCCGAGAGCAGUGAGGACGCGCUUCGUCCUUGCUCUGUCCCCAGAAUGCCAGCCUUAUGGGCCUCACUUCCCACGUAGCCACUGGGGACUCAGCGAAGGGGCAAGACCACCACCACCAGCCCUCCAAACAACAGCAGGACCCUGAAAUAGCAGGAACAGCCCAAGGGAGGGUUUGAUUUUCAGACUGCAAGAUAUAGCGCUGAACUGGAGGCACCGGCCAACUGCCCUGCUUCUAGGUAUACUGGGAACUACAGAAUAUGCUCCGACAGACAGCCUACAUGCAAAGAGAUUUUAUUUUAUUUUAAAGAUCACUAGAAUCUUACUCCGAACGUGCCAAGAAUGUUUCUGCAGGAAAAAUUCAGCCUUGAGCGAGUUUGGUAAGCGAGGAAGUGCCCCAUUCUUCUCGCUGAUCCAGCUCUCAGAACAAAGGCAUGCUUUCCCUCCGAGAAGGUGACUCAACUUCUUUGUUGUUGUUGUUGUUCA